CGGAAGUGUCGGGGCUUCCGGUUGGCGUCCUGCGCGUGGUGUACGAUCGAUCGUGUUUCUCAGCUGCCAGGUGAAGCAUGGCCAAAAGCUUGCGGAGUAAAUGGAAAAGGAAGAUGCGUGCGGAGAAGAGAAAGAAGAAUGCACCCAGGGAGCUCAACAGACUUAAAAGCAUCCUCAGAGUUGACGGUGAUGCUCUAAUGAAAGACAUCGAAGAGAUAGCAACUGUGGUGGCACCCAAACAUGGCCAGGAGAGGAUGCAGUGUGAGGAAGUGCAGCGUGAGGCGGAUGAUGAUAAGGAUGACAUGAAAAUGGAAACUGAAAUUAAGAGAAACAGAAAGACUCUUCUAGACCAGCAUGGCCAGUACCCAGUGUGGAUGAACCAGAGGCAAAGAAAAAGACUGAAGGCCAAGAGAGAAAAGAAACGGGGGAAAAGCAGAGCAAAGGCCAAGAAGGGCCUGGCCUGGUAGACCUGUAAAGACUGGAAAGGGGGCCAGGCAUGGUGGUGCACCCCUUUAAUCCCAGCACUCAGGAGACAGAAACAGGUGGAUCUCUGUGAGUUCGAAGCCAGCCUGAUCUACAGAGCAAUUCCAAGAUACCCAGGGCUCUUUUACACAGAGAAACUCGAAAAAAACCAAGAAAACAGACCCCCCCCCCAAAAAAAAAAAAAAAAAAAAAGAGAGAGAGAGAGAAGCUAAUUGUUUUCAGUUUGGACUUAAUUCUGUAAUUCAAAACCAAAAUAACUCAUUUGUGUUGGGAACUUGAAUAAAAUAGCUUUGGUGGUGAAAGAACGUUCUGCUGAAGUCGUGACUGGAUACUGCUUGAUAUGAGUAUUGUCAGACACCUCAAUCUUGUGAGCAUUUACAAAAUGGCUGUUAUACUCAGUGCCUCAGAUGAAACAUGCCUAUAUCAACAAAGUUUGGGCAGAAAGCUAUAUUGUCAUAUUCAAAAGUAGGGUAUCAAGAGCCCGAGGAAGACUCAACUUCUGUUUCUUGUUGGGUGGCUCAAAACCAGCUCCCCGGGAUGCGCCCUCUUGUGGCCUUCCCCCCGACACCUGCAUUCAUAUGCACAAGUUCCCCACCCACUAGUAACUAAAGACAUCUUUAAAAGGACAUCAGUGGAUUUUACAAGUAGUGCUUACUUGAAGUGUUUAUUAUUUUAUAAUUCAUAAUAAAUGAUAUUUUAUGUGGA